AUGGCGACUGAGGGAGGCGGAUUGACCGCGACACCUGUUGCUGAACGCGGCAGGAAGCGAUCGCCUUCGCCUCUCGCUCUGAGCGACGAUGAGGAUUUAUCCGACGGCGAAUGGCUGCUUAGCGACAGCGACGAGGAUGAGGAUCAGGAGGACAAAGGGAUAUACCGACCUUUUACGGUUGAUGAUAUCCCACGGCCCAGUUGUGACCAUAAGCAGCAGACUGAUGUUUUGCAUAAAAAUCCAGAAACUAAGGUUCGAGGGCCUUUACCAAUAAGGCUCUUUCCUGCAUUCAAAUCUGGCAAACAUAUCUUUGGUUCAGAGUAUAAUCUUGCUGAUAAAUCUCAAAUCAGUCUCGAUAGUGUUGGGGAUUGUCCAAAUGAAUGCUAUUGUUAUCCAAUGGGUGUGCUUCAAUUUGUUGAUAUCAAGAUUGCUGGGUAUCGACAUACACAUCCUGGACGGGUCAAGAUGUAUGGUUUCAUUGCAGCACGGGAACCAGAAAACCCCUUGCGCAACUAUGUCUACUGUCGUGAGAUAGAAAAUUGUGAAAGUGUACCUGUGAAGCAAAAAACGGGUGUUGCAAGGUUGUCACCAACUGGCCCUGCUCGAGUCAUUUCAAUGAUUAGUCACUCGUUGAUCGAGUUUGAGAUCCAUGCCCGAAAUGAAGAUGAGACCAAUGCUGAUGACGACUUGAUCAUUGAAGGAUGCACCGAGAUCGAUAACUUUUUGAGUCAAAAUCGUUCAUUGAUCACCGGCGCUUUUAUGGCCCUGGUUGAAGUCACAGUCCUCCACCUCGACACCAUUAUUCCUGGUGGUGGCAACAUGAAACUAUUUGCCAAGACUAGUGGCUUCAAUGACAUAAUUCCUCUAUUCCAAGGCGUCGCUCCUGAGCCAAGUGGCAUGAUGAGAUUCGCUGUAGGGGUGGAGAGGCACAACCACCUUGAUCUGUACAUUGAGGGGUCUCGGAGCGAUGAUGCUACCCUGUGCUGGCACUGUGGUUUCUACUCUGGCUACCAUGGGACAAAUGAAGAAGUUGCUGACCUGGGGGUGUUUGCAGCAUUUUCAGUCAAGUUUUAA